UCGAACUCAGCGUGCUCAAGUUAUUCUCUUAAAAAUAUUUUUUGUCUGUUACUAUUCUGCGACGCGUUCAGUACGUAACGGUCAGUAACGGUCGGUUAAAUAUACCGAUAUUGGUCGAUAUUGUAGAAAUGAUUUGAGACGGGUACAAAAUACUCAAGAUCUACAAGUGAUAUUUAUAUAUGUUUUCCUUUUAUUAAGCACACACAUAAGAACUUUUGAAAGAUGUUGUCAGCAUUGAAGCAAUCCACAGUUAUCCACCUGAUGUUUGCUAUAACAUUUUUCACAUCGGGUUUGAUAAUCAAUUUCUUCCAGUGUCUUUUGUACUUGGGCCUCAGGCCUUUUUCCAAAUAUUUGUAUCGGAAGAUUAAUUACUAUCUCUGCUAUUCUUUUUAUAGUCAGUUGGUGUUUCUGACAGAAUGGUGGUCUGGAACAGAUGUGGUAUUGUACAUAGAUAAAGUAGAUUUUGAGAAAUACUUUGGACAAGAACAUGGUUACGUGAUAAUGAAUCAUACAUACGAAAUAGACUGGCUUAUUGGGUGGAAUUUUUGCGAACGAAUUGGAGUUCUUGGUAAUUGCAAAGCUUAUGCCAAAAAGUCAAUACAGUAUAUUCCAACAUUAGGUUGGGCAUGGAAAUUUGCGGAAAGUAUAUUCUUAGAAAGAAAUUGGGAGAAAGAUAAACAAAUAAUUGGUACUCAAAUUAACGAACUUGGAAAUUAUCCAGACUGUAUUUGGUUACUCUUGAAUGCUGAAGGAACACGUUUCACAGCAAAAAAAUUAGAGGCCAGUCAGAAGUUUGCCCAAGAGAAAGGUCUUCCAGUAUUAAGAUACCAUUUAACUCCGCGGACAAAGGGUUUUACAGCAAGUGUACCGCACAUGCGAGGUAAAAUUCCCGCAAUUUAUGAUUGCCAAGUAGAUUUCAAAUCAGAUGACACAGUGAAACCAACAAUAACCAACUUACUGUUGGGAAAACGGGUUGUGGCCCACCUGUACCUACAAAGGAUCUCAUUGGACGAAGUGCCAGAAAAUGAGGAAGCUGCAGCCAAGUGGUUGUACGAGCUUUACCAAAAGAAGGAUCGUAUGGCAGAAAGUUUCACGAAGACUGGUGAUUUCUUCACCACUAGUGGUGUUCCCAGAACAGAUUGCUUUCAGCUAGAAAGAAGAGUUUAUACUUUGAUAAAUACAAUUUUCUGGGCAGUGGUAGUUUUAGUACCAAUGCUUUAUUAUUUAGUGAAUCUGUUUCUGUCUGGAUCAACAACUUACUUUUCUAUUGGUGUGGGUAUCAUAUUCUUAUUCUACCUACUUAUGCACAAAACGAUAGGCAUGUCCGAGAUAAGCAAAAGUUCAUCUUACGGUGCUGAUGAUAAAAAAUCGAAGUAAAGAGAAAGGAGGAAGAAAUACAAGAAAGGAAUACGUCGCGAGAAAAUCGAUACGUCUUUAGAGGUCUUUGCCAAAUAAGUAUUACCGAAAUUUUUUGUCCGCGUACUGUAUUCUGCAUGAUUUUCCUUGUACAAAUCACUGAUGCGCAAUGUUUUUAAGGGCUUGCGAAGGUAUUGGUGUUUUAUCAUUGUUGAUAAUACUUUCUCAUUUUGUUAACGAUAUGGAAUGUAUAUUGUAUCAUUGAUAUAUACGUUAUAUUUCUAUAUUUUGAUUGAAUAAUAAUUUAGAUAAAGUUUUUUUUUGUUUAAUAACAGUUUAUUUACUAUGAACUCGGAGGAAUUAUGUAUCUUGGUCAUAGUGAUUAUAACAAU